AUGGAUUGGCUAGGAGGGAGCGGAAACGCAAUUAUGAAGGCGCCCUCUGGUUGUCGUGGUCGUUCAAACCACUGCCAUAUUUCUGCUGUUCAAUUGCAGGAGGACGAAGCUGGGAAGGAGAGGGAGGUGAGAUUUAAGAGAGCAAUACUAUCGGACUUCGCGGUCGUUGUAAAGUUAUGGUGGUAUUGCAGUGGCCAAAUUGAGCGCUGUGUAAUACUGUCGAAUAUGCAUGAAGGAGGUGAAAAGGAGGAGAGAGAGGGGAGGAUGGUUGUUGGGUAUGUAGAGUGUGUUUGGAAGCAGAAGAGAGCAGUGAUUCUGCUUCAGGUUUUAUACUCGCACGACUCCGAUACGCAGUGUAUCUGCAGGAGGGAGAAAGCAGUUUAA